AUGUCCUCGACGCACACAUCUCCGAACGGCACUCCUGCUCCCGAGGAGAACCCAUUCGCGCAGGGAGCAGCCAGCAGUGACGGCUUCUCUCGUGUGAGACUCCAAGGUACUGCCAAUAUUUCUUCUCGACGUGCAAAGCUUAUUGAACACUCAGACCCGGCCGCCGCUCGUAUUCGCGUCUCCGGAAGCACUUUCGAGGACUCCGACACCCCCGGCGACGGCUUCGGUGCCUCGCGAUCGCCCUAUGAGACCGCCCAACAGUUCACGAUCAACUCGGCAAGAGUUGAGACCCUCCUUCGCCCAUUCUUUCUCCACACCAACAUCCCGCCUGGUGUCGAGCAAGCCAACGGCUCGUUGCUUAUCACCCGCGACUGGACCGUGAGGAUGAUCGGCGCGAACCAGUUCCAGCGCGCGCAGAACGGCCAGCAAGUCCUGAAGGUGGGCUCGGAGCUGAAGAAUCGGGAGUAUGGAUUCAGGCUGCCAGACAAGAUCAUCGACUGGCUGGAGGACGUAGAAGGCAAGGAUGAUUUGUUGGUUCCCGCGGCCGUUGUUAGGCAGUACUGGACGCGACCCAGGUACACUGAUGCCUGA